AACUGCGAACGUGUCUUUACAAAAAGGCCCAUAGCAACGGUUGGUAAAAUAAUUUAGCGUUAAUUAGGCUGCUAGUUAGCAAAGUUAAUGUUAAAUAUUAAGAACCGGUUGUGUGUAGCGGGAGGAAAAAUAUAGCUCCUCUCAAAAGCAAGAAAAGAAAAGCCUAUGAAGAAGUGAUGUGUGUGAGGCAGCAGAGCUUGAUGCAGCAGGCCUUUGCUCACAAGGAGGGUGACGGUGAUGUUGUGAGCCGCAGCACCGAAACCUCCAGGUGGUCCACUCCCUUCAGGCCGCGCUGUGGCUCCAAUAGUUCACACUACUCAUCUGACUUUGAAGACCAAGCUGACUCUCUUAUAGACAAGACCCCAGAAACCAAGUCCUCAGAGCAGUGCCAAGAAUCAAAGUCACCCGGGAGAAAAAAAGGUAAAAAAACACAAGGGCCCCACAGGCAGAAGGCAAACUACACUGUGAACCGCCAAGUCCUGAAGUUGCCUCCGAUCAAGCCCCUGCAGGUUUCAAAGCCGAGGAUCCAGUCUGCCAACUUGAGCUGCAUCAAGGAGCUGAAGAGCCAGGUGUGGGACCUGCAGCAGCAGCUGAGCGAGGCCAGGACUGAGAACAAGCUGCAGAAGAGGCUCCAGCAUCGCCACACGGUGGCACUGCAGCACUUCCAAGACUCUGAGGGCAGCCUCUCACAGAUCCUCACCAAACACGACAACGAGGCCCGAGCCCUGCAGGGGUUGCUUCGUGAGACCCGCGCCUGCCGUGACAAUCUGGCAAGGAAGCUACAAGCCACAGAAUACAAGUUGCUAAGCGCAAAGGCCAGUCUCCAGCAUCUACAGCUGCUCAGCCAGGAUUACAGCCUGCUGGAGAGGGAGGAACUGACCCUCAGGCUGACUAAGGCCACUGCAGAGCUGGAGGAGAAGGACAAGAGGAUACUGAACUUGGAGAGGAAGCUCGAGUUGUGCCAAGCCUCAUUCAAUCGCCAAAUAGACACUGAACAAAGAAAGAUCAAGGAGGCGAGUAAGAUAUCCUGCUAUCUGCAAGAGAAAAUAUAUCAACUAAGCAGGGAAAUUCAGGAUAAAGAGAGAGAACUGGAAACACACAAUAUUUACUCCCACAGAUUCCUAAAAGGAUUUACCAAAAAAGGCAGAGAAAGCAAAAUGGUUCAAACAGAUGAGUUAGACAUUCUCCCUACUGAGGCUGCAAGUCUUUUGGAGUUAGAAUAUACUGAGACUGUAGAUACUGAUGCUGAAGACAGGCUAGAGGAGCAGGAGAGCUCUGUGGACUGGUGCUGUUACAACCCAGUGCAGGUGUCUUUGGUAAUAGAAAACCCAGAGACAGAGAUUUCUGCAAAUGUCAUGUUAGAAGAGAAUCACCAAGAGGAUACUGAGACAUGUGCAGUCACCAGUGAGCAGAGUAGUUGUUCAGAAGAGAGCCCAGAACAUCAAACUGAGGGAGACUGUGCUGAAGAAACGGAGGCAUUGGAGGCCCCACGGGUGUUAGAGGAAGAGCAGAAAAAAGAGGAACAUGAAAGCGAGAUGUCCUACAUUUCAGAAAAGUCUCUGAAUACAACUGAACCUAAGAGAAAAGGAUACAGGCUCCCCAAAAUCAGAUGCAACUACAAAUUCAAACAAUCUAUUGAGAACCUGCACAGUGGAAGACCUACCUACAGCAGUGUGGACUUGAAUCCCCAUGAAAGAACCAAGAGUGCUAUGAGGGUGGAGACCCUCAGCGGUGGGGUUCAUGAUCUUCGUCUACCAGCUGGGAAAUCCGGCAGAGGUGGAGUAGGCAGCCCUCAGUAUGAGUAA